UACAGUAGAAUACCAAGUGGCUUAACUUUUAUCAGAAAACAAAACGUUUAUUUUUGUUAAUCCAAAAUCAAAAUACUAAAACCACAUUAAAUAUGGCAAGAAAUGCAGAAAAAGCAAUGACCACACUGGCUCGAUGGCGAGCGGCAAAAGAAGCCGAAACCGGUGCAAAAGAUAGAAGACCCUAUUUGGCUUCAGAAUGUUCUGAAUUACCCAAGUGCGAAAAGUAUCGUCUCGAAAUUAUCAGGGAAAUCUCUAAAAAAGUUACUCAAAUACAAAAUGCUGGCUUAGGUGAAUUCCGUAUCAGGGAUCUAAAUGAUGAAAUAAACAAACUUCUGCGAGAGAAACGCCAUUGGGAAAAUCAGAUCUCGGCACUAGGAGGACCGCAUUAUCGUCGUUAUGGUCCGAAAAUGUUUGAUGCCGAAGGACGAGAAGUGCCAGGCAAUAGAGGAUAUAAGUACUUUGGUGCGGCAAAAGACUUACCUGGUGUUAGGGAACUCUUCGAACAAGAACCACCUGCUCCGCAGAGAAAAACCAGAGCCGAAUUGAUGAAAGACAUCGACGCAGAAUAUUAUGGUUAUCGAGAUGACGACGAUGGGAUUCUUAUUCCUCUCGAAGAAAAAGCUGAAAAGUUGGCAAUACAAAAAGCGCAUCUAGAGUGGAAAGAGAAAAAAGCCAACAAUGAAAAUAUCGAAGAUGAGAUCGAAGAAGACAUUUAUCCUGUUUCAGCACCCACGCCGGAUAAGUCAGAUAACGCUUCCAAAGAUGUUAGUGAUCCAAUGGACAUGUUGGCUCCACGAUUUACAGCCCACGUUCCAGUACCCUCGCAAAAGGACAUAGAAACGGCUCUGUUAAAAAAGCGAAAGCAGGAACUCUUGGACAAGUAUGUUGGAGAGGAUUGAGUUGUUGUUUUCAAUAAAAUAUUUUUUG